CACAAAGACAUACACUCGUUAUUAACCAUUGCAACUUAUCACUGGUGGUACUGACACGCCUUCUCUCUCGCCAUGCGGCCUGUCGUCCGCGACACCCUCUCCCUCCGGCCGCCGGGCUUCUUCGGCUACGCCUUCCUCGUCGCGCGCCUGGUGCAGAUCGCCUCGCUCACCACCAUCAUCGCUUUGGUCAGCCAUUUCAUCUUCGUCAUUACCCGCGCACGCCAGGACAACAAGCCGCCCGGCAACCUGAUCGUUGUCAUCCUCUUCGUAAGUCCACACCGCUCCACUCUUCCUCUCUCCGUCCACCACCAGCCCGGUCAGCCACCACCUCCUCCUUUUCCUCUUUUCUUUCUUUUUUUCCUUCCACCCUACUAACACGGGCGCGCCGCGAGACCAUCUUCGCCCUCCUCUGGACGCUCCUCUCCUGGACGGGCUACUCGCGCCGGCACCUGCCCUACGCGGCGACAUGGGCGGUCGACGCGGUGUUCCUGGCGCCCUUCCUCGCGCUGGCCGUGGUCCUGGGCCUGCCGCUGCGCGGCGCGCGGUGCGCGGCGGUGACGCCGGCCAGCGGCGCGUUCGAGAUCACCGCG